CAGACACCACAGUAAGAGGUUCUGCUUUCAGGAAGUUGCAGCAGAAACAAUUAUGUGGCUAACGUUGUCUUUGUCUAAAUACUUAUUGUGAUGGAUUAACUCAAUUAUUUACUUUGUGGGCAAUGCAUGAACAUUCCCACAUUUUAAAAUAUGGCUAAUAUGGCAAGGACCGGAGACAUUAUCCAUUUAAACGUUGGAGGAAAAAGGUUCAGCACCUCCAAACAGACAUUGGCAUGGGUCCCAGACUCCUUUUUCUCAAGUCUUCUAAGUGGGAGGAUCUCAACCUUGAAGGAUGAAACUGGAGCGAUCUUCAUAGAUCGGGACCCAUCUCUCUUUACUCCCAUACUGAGCUUCCUGCGCACCAAAGAGUUGUUUCCCAGGUCCAUAAAUGUGCACCUGCUUAUGCAUGAAGCGGAGUUCUAUGGAAUCACGCCAUUGGUGCGUAAGCUGCAGCUUUGUGACGAGCUGGACCGAUCCUCCUGUGGAAACGUGCUCUUCAAUGGCUAUCUCCCACCUCCAGUGUACCCGGCGAAGCGGCGGAACCGUCAUAGUGUGGCGGGGCCUCAGUAUAUGGGUGGACGUGCCUUGCCCAUGGAGAGCGCUCCAGUGAGACGCAGCAACACUAUGCCACCCAACCUGGGCAACGCGGGCAUACUGGGUAAAGCAACGGUGGAGGAGAGGAUAAGUGGUGCUCAGCUUGCAGACCCAGGCAUGGUCCGCAUCAUCUGUGGCCACCACAACUGGAUCGCUGUGGCUUAUGCCCAGUUUGUUGUUUGUUACCGAGUGAAGGAGUCUACGGGCUGGCAGCAGGUGUUCACCAGCCCCCGCCUGGACUGGGUGAUUGACGGAGUGGCGCUCAACGCCAAGGUGAUGGGCGGCUCCCUGGGAGACAACGACAAGAUGGUGGCCGUGGCCUCGGGCACAGAGAUCAUCCUCUGGACUAUCUGUCCCGACGGCAACGGCAACGAGAUAGGUGUGUUCAGUCUGAAUGUCCCCGUGGAGGCUCUCUUCUUCGUGGCGAACCAGCUGAUUGCCACCAGCCACACAGGGAAAGUGGGAGUAUGGAAUGCGGUGACCAAACAUUGGCAGAAUCAAGAUGUGGUUCCCAUUAAUAGCUAUGAUACUGCCGGUUCCUUCCUAAUUCUAGGCUGUAACAAUGGGUCCAUAUAUUAUAUAGAUGUUCAGAAGUUUCCAUUGAGGAUGAAGGACAAUGACCUCCUAGUGACAGAGUUGUACCGCGACCCCACGGAGGACGCCAUCACUGCUCUCAGUGUCUACCUCACGCCCAAAACAAUCCCCAAUGUGUCGUCAGGCGACAGCGGCAACUGGAUCGAGAUCGCCUAUGGGACCAGCUCGGGCACGGUGCGGGUCAUAGUGCAGCACCCGGAGACCGUGGGCUCUGGGCCCCAGCUCUUCCAGACCUUCUCAGUCCACCGCAGCCCCGUCACCAAGAUCAUGCUCUCUGAGAAACACCUCAUAUCAGUGUGUGCAGACAACAACCACGUGCGGACCUGGACGGUGACUCGCUUCAGGGGCAUGAUCUCCACCCAGCCAGGCUCCACCCCCCUCACCUCCUUCAAGAUCCUCUCCCUGGAGGACAUCGACGGCCACGGGGGCUGUGCUGCCGGCACUGAGAUAGGUCCGUAUGGCGAGCGAGACGACCAGCAGGUGUUUAUCCAGAGGGUCGUCCCCGACACAGACAGACUCUACGUGCGCCUCUCGUCCAACGGGAAGAGGGUGUGCGAGGUGCGCUCUGUGGACGGCACCUCCAUCACCUCCUUCAUGGUGCACGAGUGCGAGGGGUCCAGCCGCAUCGGCUCACGUCCCCGCCGCUACCUCUUCAGUGGCCACGCCAACGGUAGCAUCCAGAUGUGGGACCUGACCACCGCCAUGGAGAUCGCAGGGAAAGUGGACAUCAGGGCGCUGGGCGGCCCCACAGAGGAGGAGCUCCUGGAGCUGUUGGACCAGUGUGACCUGGCUCUGACCCGUACGCCCGACAUGAGUCCCGCUGCCUCCUUCACCCACUCCUCCACCCCCCGAGCCUCCACCUCCAGUUUGCAGUCCCAGCUGAGUGAGAGCUCCAGGGAGCGCGGGACCAGAGGAGGUGUGAGCAACUCGGGUCCCUUCUCUGGUAGCCUGCCCCGUCAGGCUCCUCCGGUGCCCCUCACCAAACCCCGGGAUAUGAAUCUCUCCAUGGUGGGGUUGGGCCUCCAGCCCCACCACCUGGGUCUGAGCCAGGCUUCCCUCGGCAGCAGUGGCAGCCCCCGGCCCAGCCGCACCGCCCUCCAGGACAGAGACCGGGACGGUGGCAUGGGGUCUCUGCGCAGGGGCAGCUUCGUGGAACGUUGUCAGGAGCUUGCCAAGGUCUCGGACUCUGCAGGAGGGGCUGAGGUGGGCACGCGGCGCAGCCUGGCCGCAUGCUCAGAGUUGGAGGCUAGACUGGGCCUACGGACCCCCGCCUCUUUCUCCAUUCCCCCUGCAGCCUCUCCCGCCUCGUCUUUAUCUUCAUCACUGCGUCGGCCACAGCCCACCUCACCCAGCCCUGCCCCUGCUACAAUCGUUAGUCCAACCCGCUCCCAGACCCCCGUGUCACCUCGUCGAGCUGACACCUCCCCUACUACAGAAGCCCCGCCCCCUGAGGCUGCAGCAGCCACCCCAGAGAACUCCUCCCCUGUGCCCCCCACCAGUCCUAAACCCCCUAUGAAUGAGACCAGCUUCUGACUGGCUCUGUGAUGUAUGAGUGAGUGGACUAACAAAGGAUGCGUUUUGUGUUCCUGAGCAUGUGCGCUUUAGUGACGACACAUAUUGUAAUAUUUAUGGACUUUUCCUUGUUUAGCAUCAAGGAUCCAUAUCAAAUGUCAUUCCUCUGUUUUCAAAAAGGCCAGCUGUGACGUAGGCAAGAUUCGUAUACAAUAUAUCCAAAUGGUCAAUGUAUUGGUGAUGCAAA